GUAGACAUGGAUGAGUGUGAAUACGAUUUGCAUGACUGCCAGCCAAGCCAGCAGUGUAUCAACACCAUCGGGAGUUUUCACUGUCAGUGCCCGGAGGGCUACCGGAAGAUCGGGACGGAGUGUGUAGACAUUGACGAAUGCCAUUACCGUUACUGUCAACACCGUUGCGUCAAUUCCCCAGGAUCUUUCACCUGUCAGUGUGAAUCUGGAUUCCAGCUCUCAAGUAACAACCGCUCGUGUGUAGGUAAGAGAAAACCCACCCCCGUAAAUCCUAAACAGGUAGUCCUCGACUUACGACCACAAUCGAGCCCAAAUUUUCCUGUUUCAAAAGCGAGACAGUGGUUCAAGGAGCUUUGCUCCAUCUUACGAGCUUUCCUGUCCCUGUCGUUAAGCGAAUCCCUGCGGGCAUUCAAUCAGUCACCCCGUUGGGAUGCAAAAAGCUAUUGGGUUAAAAUACAUGGGUUAAACGUGAAACGCCUGUCCCAUGAUGGAGAAACAAUCGAAUAUAAAAAAGGACACAACUCUACAGAUAUGAAAAAUGGAGUCCGAUGCUCUCAUGGACUUCCCCAGCCAACGGUCCACCAAGAAUCGCCAAUUGCCAGAUCUGGACAGGUCCUGCACAACCGGAUCCGUAGUUCAUCCUGGAUGAAACCCACCCUUUCUUAG